AUGUGUGUGGGGAGGUGCAGCCGGAUCGUGGGUCCCUGCCUGCUGGUGCUGGGCACGCUCUCCAUGGCAGCCAACGUCCUCCUGCUCUUCCCUGGCGGGGCAUCAACGUACCUGGCAGAGGGGCACAUCAGCAAGCACGCUAAGGCCAUGCCAGGUGUCUGGGGAGGCGGUAUCACUGUGCUGGUGGCAGCAACCCACAUCACAGCGGUGGGGUGGCGAUGCGCCGGCUGCUCUGACUGCGGCACCCGUCGCAACGCUUUCAUCUCUGCCGUGCUCUCCAAGCUGGCACUCCUGGGUGCUGCUGCCUGCUUUGUCUUCUCCGGGGUGGGUUUGACCAAUGGACCCCUCUGCUUCUACAACGCCUCCAAGCAUGGCCACGGCAAGAGCACCCUUUGGGGUUACCCCUUCCUGGACACCGGUGGCCAGGAGCCUGGCGCCAGGUGAGGCAGCGGGAACUACCUGUAUGAUCAUCACACCUGGAGCAUCUGCCUGGAGCCAGAGGGUGUUGUGGCUUGGAAUGUCGCCCUCUUCUCCAUCCUGCUGCUCAUCAGUGCUUCUGAGAUGGUGCUGGCCUCCCUCCAGAUCCUUAACGGCUGGCCUUGGGAAUU